GUCGCCCUCAAGUCCAGAAUCGUGAAUAUGGCGCAGCCCUUUCCUGCGGGGCAUCCUGGGAAUUAUAGUUUUUCUAAAAAGUUUGUUUGUUAAUGGGAUGUCACUCUGAGAGGUCGCGCCCAUUUCCCAACGUGUGUCCUGCCAGCGCAAGUUAACUUCGACGCCAGCGAAUUCUGCUCGUGGCUUCUGCAGCUGCUACAGAACCCGGAGGAGCAUGGGGGCCGAUCUGUAAGAUCCCCGUGAGACUCUGCAAAGCAAGUGAGGGAGACGUACCACCCACUCCUUUGGAUUACCAGGAGCCUUCUCGCUCAGCGCCAUGCUGCUUCCUGUCUGCAGAGUUUCCCGUCAAGCACAUCGUUGUCUGUAUGCCUUGAGGUCAGCAGGAAAAGAUUGUCACCUGCCUUUGUGCGCAGCACGAUGGGCUUCUUCCACUGUGCCACGUAUCACCACCCACUAUACUAUUCACCCCCGGGACAAAGACAACCGAUGGGAAGGGAUAAGCAUGGAAAGAUUUGCAGAGGAAGCAGAUGUUGUUGUAGUUGGAGCAGGCCCUGCAGGACUCGCUGCAGCUAUCCGACUCAAGCAGUUAGCUAGCGAACAUGGCAAAGAGAUCCGCGUGUGCCUUGUGGAGAAAGCUGCUCAGAUUGGUGCACAUACACUUUCUGGAGCUUGCCUUGAGCCACGUGCCUUAAAUGAACUUUUCCCAGAUUGGAAAGAACGAGGGGCUCCACUGAAUACCUCUGUAACAGAAGACAAAUUUGGAAUAUUAACAAAGAACUCUAGAAUCCCAGUUCCUAUUCUUCCAGGCCUUCCGAUGACUAAUCAUGGGAACUACAUAGUUCGUCUAGGGCAUUUUGUGAGCUGGCUGGGUGAACAAGCAGAAGCGCUUGGUGUUGAAGUCUAUCCAGGGUAUGCUGCAGCUGAGGUUCUUUUCCAUGAAGAUGGUAGUGUGAAAGGGAUUGCCACAAAUGAUGUUGGCAUCCAAAAGGAUGGGGCACCCAAGGCUACAUUUGAAAGAGGCUUGGAGCUGCAUGCCAAAAUCACAGUGUUUGCAGAAGGUUGUCACGGACAUCUUGCAAAGCAGUUGUACAACAAAUACAAUCUAAGGCAGAACUGCCAACCCCAGACUUACGGCAUUGGGCUUAAGGAGCUGUGGCUUAUUGAUGAAAAGAAAUGGAAAGCAGGAAGAGUGGAACACACUGUUGGCUGGCCUUUGGACAGACAUACAUAUGGAGGAUCAUUUCUUUAUCAUCUAGAUGAGGGUGAACCGCUAGUAGCUUUGGGGUUUGUGGUUGGUUUGGAUUAUCAAAAUCCUUACUUGAACCCAUUUAAGGAAUUUCAGAGGUGGAAGCACCAUCCAACUGUACAGCCUACUUUAGAAGGUGGAAAGAGAAUCGCCUACGGUGCCCGAGCUCUUAAUGAAGGUGGCUUCCAGUCCAUACCUAAACUCACUUUUCCUGGUGGACUCCUUAUUGGCUGUAGUCCAGGUUUCAUGAAUGUUCCUAAGAUUAAAGGCACACACACUGCAAUGAAAAGUGGUAUGCUGGCUUCGGAAGCCAUUUUCAACCAACUAACGAAUGAGAAUCUCCAAUCAAAAACACUGGGACUUGAUGUGCCUGAAUAUGAAGACAAUCUGAAAAAAUCCUGGGUAUGGAAAGAACUCUAUGCAGUCAGGAAUAUCCGUCCUUCAUGCCAUGGAGCCUUGGGUGUGUAUGGUGGAAUGAUUUACACAGGCAUAUUUUACUGGGUACUAAGAGGAAUGGAACCUUGGACCCUAAAGCAUCCAGGGACAGAUGCAAGCCGACUAAAGCCAGCCAAAGACUGCACACCUAUUGAAUACCCCAAACCUGAUGGAAAAAUCAGUUUUGACUUGCUUUCAUCAGUGGCUCUGAGUGGCACGAAUCACGAACAUGACCAGCCAGCUCAUUUGACUCUGAGAGAUGAUAGCGUUCCUGUCAAGAAUAACUUAGCUAUAUACGAUGGACCUGAGCAACGAUUCUGCCCUGCAGGAGUUUAUGAAUAUGUUCCUGUGGAAACUGGAGAUGGAUUGCGGUUACAGAUAAAUGCUCAGAACUGUGUCCAUUGCAAGACAUGUGAUAUCAAAGAUCCCAGCCAAAAUAUUAACUGGGUUGUACCUGAAGGUGGAGGUGGACCAGCUUAUAACGGAAUGUAGUCUUGAUCAAAACUAAAAGAACUAAAAGAACACCCUAGCUGCAAAACCAUACAACUUUGGGUUUGCCACAUUUUUCUCAAGAGCUGCUAUCAAUGGUCCUCUGUGAGGUUAGCAUUCUGUUGAAGGCUGAACUUGGUAGUACUUGAAGCAGUAAAUGCAACUGUCAGCAUGUUCAGAUACAAUAGAAAAGUACACUCAAAUAAGCCUUGGUCUACCAAAGUGGAACAAGAACAGUUUGAGUACAAUCUGGUCUGAUUUGCCCAACCUAUCUAGACCUGAACACUAAUGUGACCCAGAGUAAAAUAUAUGAAAGCUGAAGGCUAAAUUUCAGUGGAUUUUGAUUGUAAAGAUUAGUCAGACAUCAAUCAUAUGUAACACAAGGUACAGAGCACUGCUGGCUAGGGGUAGUUGGAUAUAACUUGAUUUUGUUCAAGUAAUAAAGAAUGCUUUCCCUAUAUGGUAACAAAUUCAGUUUAUUUCUUCAACACCAUUCAAAUCUUCAGUAAUGAGAGUUACAGGUGAGGGAUAAAAGGGAUGGAAAUAGCUUGUUUAAUUUAAGCCGCUGGUAUGUAACCAAACUUUGUUCAAAUUCUUUGCACCCGAUCAUUCUGAAGUUUUUCAAAGUAGCUUUUCAUACACUUUUUAGGUUAAAAUACUACUAUGUUCAGUGCCUUACCAUUUAACUUAAUAAUGAAAGAUGUUUGAAAUUAUAUGGAACCCUAAGAAAAGCCAAGAUGUAAACAUGUGAAACAGCAUCAGUAUUAGUGACAGUCAAUAACACACUGUCACUGCUACUCAUACUAAUCCUGCCUUUAUCAGUGCACAAGUUAAGGAGGAGAAACUAUCUUGACUUAAGCAAACAUCUUUGCAUAAGCUGCCUUCUCUUUUUCUUUCUCAUUCUUUAUCUUCUGCUUAACUUUCUGUACCUCCAUUUGGAUAGCUGUGGAAGUAAACAAACAAAAAGUGGUUAAAAUUGCUGUUUUAUGCUUUUGCAGAAAACUUUCACACCUUUUUUUCCAAAAGUAACCUAUUUAGAAUACAAAUUCCCAUUCCAAAAAUCCAUUUUACCCGAGAGAGGGUUGAUUUAAGAAUAAGCUAGCCAAAAUGCAGCAGGAGAGAAAAUAGUGUGAAUAUAGCUUGUGUAACUUAAAAGUCAUGCAUGUUCAUUUCAGAGUACGUAACGCCCUCUUCCCUUGCUUUUCUCCCCACCCUCACUGGGAUACAUAUACUGGCUCAAGUAGCAAGAAAAUGUUUUCAAUCUGUGGUGAAACUAGUCCAGCUUAUUCAAAAGGUUACCUAGUCAAUGGUACUAAGCAGAAUGGCACUUUACCUUUGUCUUGAGGUGCUAUACCUUGAGCCUUCUGAAGCUCAGCCUUUAAAGAAAAAGAAAAGUAAGCAAUAUGUUUAUGUAUAUCUUACUUUAAUACUAUAAGUCAAACCAAGUACUUGUAAUUACCAGUGCCUGAUCAUAAUCUUUUGUUGCUUCCCAAGCUUGAGCCCUUCUGUAAAGCGCUUUGGUGUUUAUAGGAUCUAUGGCCAGAGCCUGCAAAAUAAUAAGAACAAUAUUUCUGAUAUUUCUUAAGAUUCAGUAAGCAAAACCAUCUACUGCAAUAAUUUAAGCAGCAGCAUCUCGUGAGAGGUUUUUUAGCAAGGAAACAAAUGAUGCAACCCCUAGGUUUAUUUCAAGCAAAAGCUAGUUCACCUUAUCAGCCUAAUUCAAGUUGCUAACCUGAUAAGUAGCAAAACCUUCCUGUGUGUUCAAGUAAUAGAAAACAUAAAUGGCUGUUUGUUUUCCUCUACACAGUCUUUUGUGGACAUUCUGGUAUCUAUCAAUUUAAGUAGCCGCUGAACCAUGCUGAACAAUCAGUAUGAAAUAAGACUGGAAAAGAUCUGGACAGUUUACUGACACCUUGUGGCUACUCGGAUAACCAAUUUACAUCACCUAGAGAUCAAUGGCUAUUAAGUACCAAAAUAUUUUAAUCACAAAAUUACCAAGAAUUCAAUCAAGCUGCACUAAAGCAAUUUCUUAUUACAGUAUAGCCUCAUAUUGAAUCUCAGCUUGUGGGGACAUACAGAAAGGGGCUCCUAUUGAUUACUUGGGACUUAUGUAGGUACAUAUAACACAAUGUACGUCUGCAUAGAUUUUGCAUGCUUCCCCUAUUCAUUACAUUUAUAUCUCUUAAGACAUGUGUUGGCCCAUAGGUGUGUUACUGAUCAGUGGCCCAAGCAAUACAUCCCAACAUGCUGAUGCUAAACAUGAACGGAUCAAGACACAUGGCAAGAGCAUUUAAAUAUGACAGAGUUGUGGAACACCAAGUUGGGCUUCAAAAAUGCCUCAACAGAAUUUUAUUGUGUAUGACAAAAAGGGAGAUAAGGGGGAAAUGCUGUUUGAGGGCCAAACAAGAAAUGGCAGGUAAUUACUGUAGUUUUAAAAUUUUCAUCAAUGCUGACCUAAUGCAAUGAAUUCAGAAACUGGGCAGAUAAGAGUAAGAAUGCUUUCCUAUGUAUAUUGUUUUAAAUAAAAUUGUGUCAUAAAUUGUUUGUUGGAUUCUACUUUUAUCAAUUUUUCUGAGCCAAAAUAUAAGCAACAUACCUUAGUACAGUUUUCAACUGCAUCUUGCCACUCUAACAGUUUCAAUUUGCAAGCAGCGAUGUUUAGGAAGCAGCUCAAUGCUACAGCAUUCAACUUUGCCAAAUCUUCCUUGUCUACUAUAGCUUUAGAAGCUUCAAUAUACCUGUACAA